AAAAACAGCAUGUGUGUGCGUGCGUGCGUGCAUGCGCGCACACGCGUGUGUGGGAAUGAGUCGCUCGCCUUGUGGAGAAUGAAGUUAUGGCUUUAAUAUGGCCGAUAAAGGUCCUUUUCUGACUUCGUGCAUCAUUUUCUACCUGUCGAUCGGAGCCGCAAUUUUCCAGAUCCUCGAAGAGCCUAACUGGAAAUCAGCCAGGGACAGAUAUAUCCAACAGCAGGAAAACAUCUUGGCAAAGCAUGCCUGCUUGACAAAAGAGGACCUCGAUGAGAUCCUGAAGAUAGCAUCAGAGGCUGCUGGCCAAGGCGUGGCCAUCACAGGGGACAAUCACCGCAACUCCUGGGACUGGAGAAACUCUGUCAUUUUUGCUGCCACCAUUGUCACCACAAUAGGUUAUGGUAAUGUGGCUCCAAAGACAAACAGUGGUCGUGUGUUCUGCAUCCUGUACGGUCUGUGUGGGAUCCCCCUCUGUCUGGUGUGGAUUAGCACGCUGGGCUCGUUCUUUGGUGAUCGGGCUAAACGUCUGUCACAAGUUCUGAUUCGAAAAGGCGUUUCAGUGAAAAAGGUCCAGGUUACCUGCACUGCCUUGUUUCUCUUAUGGGGGUUGCUCUUCCACUUGGUGAUCCCUCCAUUUGUUUUCAUGUCCGUGGAAGGAUGGAGUUACUUGGAAGGCAUCUACUUCUCCUUCAUCACCCUCACAACGGUCGGCUUUGGAGAUUAUGUUGCAGGUGUGAAUCCUGAUAUUCAAUAUCCCAGCCUCUACAGAGUGUCAGCAGAGCUGUGGAUCUACAUGGGACUGGCCUGGCUAUCCCUGUUCUUCAGCUGGAACGUCCACAUGGUGGUGGAGGCUCAUAAAGUGCUGAAGAAGAAAAGACAACAGUGGCAUAGACACCACCACCACCACCACCACGACAUAACACCAGAACCUAAGGUAGAGAAGAAGAACCAAGAUGCCAAACCAACUGUUGUUGACAUCUUCAACUUCCGCUCUGAGGAGAAUGAGGACUACAGCACAGUCAUCAAAAAGAUUGGACUGACGGAAAGGAGAAGGAAGCCAAUUGAAAACAUCCACUUUGCCCGCUCAAAGAGCUGCAGCGAUAUCUUGGCCAACACCAUUGAGACUUUGGAUCACUCCCCACUGCACAGGCGCAACUUCAGUUUCAGUGAAAUACCUGUGGCACCAGCGAUGGACAUUAGCGAACAAGAAGACGAGUGUUUUCCGGGAGAAGAAAACGUUUUAAAACCUGAAUUGCGUGAGAAAUCUAAUCAUGCUAGCAAUUGGUCUUUUGACUCAGACGGCACCACCAACGCUGUACCAAACCCUGAUGAAACUGAGAAAGUGCCACACUCCAGGAGAGGAGAAACGAGGUUUACAAUAUCCAAGGUCACAGAGGCCAACUUCUCUUUGGAAAAAAAUGAAAAUGGAUGAGUGGCACUUUUACCUCCAACAAGGCAAGAACUGAGAAUUUGGCUCUUAGUUUCUUUGGCCCAUUAUCAAGAUGGAACCAAAAUGUAAAGCUACAAUGGCGAAUCUGCAAAACAAGCUAGCAUAAAACAUUAUAGAUAAUGUGGAGAUUGGGAGAGGGGGGAGUCUAUAGACCUCAAUACUAUACGGCUCGAUUGGACCAUCUGGUUGUCUGUCUCAGUAAACCACUGCACUUCCCUGGGUCCUUCGUUCAUUACACACUUGCAUAUUUAGCAACAGAACACCAUUGGUGUGAGGUUCUCUGCACAACAUCAGGAGAAACGGCCAGCUGUUACUUACCACUUCAACUUUAGGAUAAACUACCGGAGUCCCAAAAAGAAAAUCUCCAUUUGAAGUUGAGAACAAGACGUUUGGACGUAGAACAUGGUGACUGGUGCUCAGCACCAGCACGUUGAGUCUGCCGAUGUGGGUUCCGGUGGACGUGGCCUUGGGGAUGUUAACCAACGGGAGGGUUGAUAGUUCCGUUAAUGUGUUUGCGUUUAAAAACUAGCUUGUUUUUCAGAUUUGCUACUGCGGUUUUAAAGAUUGAAUACAAAAAAAUCAAAAGGCAUGGCAAAAAGUUAAUCACACACUGGUGUUUUUUAAAUUACAACCAAAGGAUGAAGAAGUGGAUCUGUGGAGGUCUGUGCCCACGAUGCCUUGCCCAAUUUUCCUCACGUUUGACACAAUUUUUUUAAAUCAAAAUUCUGAACUCAAAGUCCAAACACAAGCAACUGAACUUGUUUUUAUUUUCAAGUCAUGACUUAGAUGCCCAGUUUGAACUGGGAAAGCCCAGUGGUGUUUGAACUAAGACCACCGUGGAUGGAAUAGCUUUAAACCGUCACCAGUAUUGUUUUUUUAAUGGGUGUAACUGUUAACUGCUGUAAUUUUUAUUGCAACAUUUUCUCAAAUAUUAUCUAAAGUGGGUAAGUAAACUCUCCUUUCCCCCAAAGGGAACUAGAAAGUGUAUAUUUUAAAGUGAUACCUGUGCAGACUGUUACAACAUUGCAGUAAUCAGGCAGUCAAGAAGGUGGAUUCAGUGAUAAUGUUUAUUUCAACACACAGGAAAGAGCUUUAUGAAAUACUGUGCCAAUAAGCAACUUUCCGUCGUAACGAGCUGCUACAGUGGAGGCCAUAAGUUCAUGGCCGUCGUUGCCAUACUCCAGGGUCACUACCGGCUGGUCGGAGUGAAUGUUCUUGAUCCGGAGGACCUGCAGGAAAUGUUUUUUAAACUAUUAUACAUACUGACACAGUUGUGCAUUUUAAAUAAUAAAAGGACACAAACCUCA